AUGUCAGUUUUUGCCUUCUCUUUCUGUGCGGUCGUCAUCAUGCCAAAUCUCCUUGCUAUGUCUGAUGAGGAAACGCGGGGACGACAAGCAAUGGUAGCUAAUUUUGUCAAAGAUAACCAAAAAACAAUCAGGAAUGGAAAAGGAGAUAAAUGGAUGUCGAACUUUCUCAAAACUCAAAACCUAACAUUUCAUCGUUCGCUUUCUUCUCCGUCCGCUAUGUCAGAUUCAUCAUCACAAAAUCUUGUUGUUUUGGCUGAUGUUGGUACUGCUGCAUGUGCUUCUGGUUGGACCAGAUAUGACCUUACUGGGAUGUGUUACCAGCAGUCGAAAAAAACAAUGAACUGGUACCAAGGAGAGGAUUAUUGUUGGAAUUUGAGACCAGGUGCCCAUUCAGCUUCAGUGCAUAGUCAGGAGGAAGCUAAAUGGUUAAAUUCAUUAUAUCGAGACAAGAAAAAUGGUGGACAAAUGGAUUCAUGGAUUGGACUAAGAAGAGAUUGCGAUAAUGUCACCUACAUCUGGACAGAUGGAUCUCCAACUGAUUGCCUUUGGUGGCAACCAGACUAUCCAAAAUCUGAGUUUGCAGAAUUCAGCUGUGUCACUAUUUGGGAAACUGAUUGGCUAUACGACAAUCCAGCAUACAUCCCUGGUCAGUAUGAUGAUAUGAAAGAGUGUAGUGAUGAUGGAUCAAAUGUAAUUUGCAAAUAUGACCCGAACACUUUGAAUAUUGGUGCAAAAUAUGAGUGGAAAAAAUGUGGGUUAGUGCCCGAAACUACAAAACCUACAACAACGACACCUACCACGACAACCACUACUACUAUUCCUUCAACAACAUCAUCAACCACAUCAACGAGUACCACCACUAGUGUAGUUACAACAACUACUGUCACAUCAACCACUGAACCUACAACUUCUACUUCAACUCCUACAACAACGACUACUAUGCAAACAACAACACCUUCUACUACUUCCACUCCGACAACAACGUCAACAACCACUACUACAUCCGCUAGCACAACCACUAUUUCAACAACAAAACCUCCCACAACACAAAUUGAUAUCGAAAAAUGCACAAGUAACUGCCCCGUUGGCUGGAUUUAUUUUGGCGGUCUUUGCUACUCGAAAAUCCAAGGUCCCGGAAGAUUUGUUGAUUUUAAUUCUGAGUGUACCAGACUGGGCGGAAAACUUGGUGAAGUUUCUGGAGCAGAUGGAAAUGAAGCUUUAAGACUAGCUCUCACCAGUAACAAUGGCAAUAAAAUACUUGACGAAGCGUGGAUACAGCACAUAGGAAGCUACAAUAACGUCGCAUCAGGUUAUGUAGGAACCGCAGGCUCUUGUUAUACGAUGAUUUUAUCCAAAAAUAAUGGCGGCUCAUUUGCAAAAAGUGGGACGUGGAGACCAUAUGACUGCACCACGACGGUCAAGGAGUUUUGA